AUGCAAAAAAAAGAGCAUAAAGCAUCCACUCACCAUCAAAAAUCAGCAGAAAUUAGGCAUGUUGAUGGAACAUAUAAAGAUGAAUAUCAUUAUGAGGAAGGAAAUAGAGUAGAAGUUGAAAAGAAAGUCGAAGUGGAUCUCCAAAUGCCUGUAAAAGUGGUUCACACUAGUGAAAACAAUAAAAUUGAAGUUAAAAGGAAUAAUUAUAAAGCAGAGAAUGAAGAAUCAGCAGAAAAUAAAAGACUUAAAAGAUUCACUGAUAACGACGCCCUAAACCAUGCCUGUGAAAUAUGGAUAAAGAAGAGAACAAUAACCUGA